AUGUUAACUAUUCAAGACUAAAAUAAUAGGACGUAUUAUAUUAAAGCUAAACCCAAUAUGAAAAUAGAAGAAAUAAAAUCAAAAUGCGGUAUUGAAUCAGAGAGAUCUUCACUAUUUCUAGAAAAAACAUUGCUUAAUAAUGAUGCAGAGUUAAAUGAGUAUUAAAUAAUUACUGACACUUAUUUAACUUUACUUUUACAUGAAGAAAUCGAGACAUGA